GUAUCAAUUACGGCGAUGUGGCUCCGCCCCACCCCGCCCCGCCCCGCCCCUCCUCGCCCUGCCAGGUCCCCGGGUCAAGCCCCAGGGAGUGCGAGUGGGAAAAACCACACUUCCCAGAGUGCACCGCAACCGCGAAGGCCUCACUACCGGCGUCCGCUCGCCGGCGCCAUUUCUGGAGAGGGGAACGGCGGUGCGGCCUGCAGUCAUGGCGCUGUUCCCGGCCUUUGCAGGCAUUGGUGAGACUUCCGGUAGCGGCAGCGCCAGGAAAGAAUUAGACUGGCUGAGCAACCCAAGCUUUUGUGCUGGAGCCAUAACCUCUCUGAGCCAACAAACUGAAGGGGCCACAGCCCUGGUUUCUGAAGGGUCACCUCUGACAAGGAGCCCUCUGAAAUCAGAGCCUUCGGAUGAAAGUGACACUAACAAAAAGCCCAAACAAACAAGCAGAAAAAAGAAGAAAGAGAAAAAGAAGAAAAGGAAGCAUCACCACAAGAAAACUAGGAGAAAACACGGGCAGUCCAGUAGCAGUGGGUCUGAGCCAGAUAGUGAUUCUGAAAAGGAUAAAACUUCCAGAAGCAUUAGAGACGGUAAAAAGGAAUCCGAGAAACCAAACCGAGAAGGGAACGCCGUCGCUGAUACUGGGCACCACUGCAUCUGGCUUGAGGACGUUCAGGCUCUCACAGGGGAAACCUUCAGAACAGAUAAGAAACCGGACCCUGCAAACUGGGAGUACAAGUCUCUCUACCGAGGAGAUAUAGCAAGAUACAAGAGGAAAGGAGACUCCUGCCUUGGCAUUAACCCUAAGAAGCAGUGCAUAUCCUGGGAGGGGGCUGCCACAGAAAAGAAGCACUCACACAAGCAUGUCGAGCGCUAUUUCACGAAGAAGAGCGUGGGACUGAUGAACAUUGACGGAGUCGCCGUUGGCGGUAAAACCGAACCUCCCUCAUCUGAGCCGGUCUCAUUUAUCCCAGUGAAGGGCUCCGAUGAUGUGGCUCCUCCUGUUACGACCUGGUUGAACCCUCUGGGGAUUUAUGAUCAGUCCACCACGCAGUGGUUACAAGGACAGGGUCCUUCAGAGCAAGAAUCAAAGCAGCCAGACUCACAGACAGACAGAGAGCAUGCCCUGCUCAAGGCCAAGGUGGAGGAGUUUAACAGGAGAGUUCGGGAGAAUCCCUGGGAUAUUCAGCUGUGGAUGGCAUUUGUUGCUUUUCAGGACGAGGUCAUGAAGAGCCCUGGCCUGUAUGCCAUCGAGGAAGGAGAGCAGGAAAAGCGGAAGCGGUCUCUGAGGCUCGUUCUGGAGAAGAAGCUGGCCAUCCUGGAACGGGCCAUCGAAAGCAACCAGAGCAGCGUGGACCUGAAACUCGCCAAGCUGAAGCUCUGCUCCGAGUUCUGGGAGCCCUCCGCCCUGGCCAAAGAGUGGCAGAAACUGAUCUUUCUGCAUCCCAACGAUACAGCCCUGUGGCAGAAAUACCUUUUAUUUUGCCAGAGCCAGUUUAGCACCUUUACGGUGUCAAAAAUUCACGGUCUGUACGGCAAGUGCUUGAGCACCUUGUCUGCCGUGAAGGAUGGCAGCAUCUUAUCGCACCCCGCCCUGCCGGGGACCGAGGACGCCAUGUUUGGUCUCUUUCUUCAGCAAUGCCACUUCCUGCGGCAGGCUGGUCACUCUGAGAAGGCGGUCUCUCUGUUCCAGGCCAUGGUCGACUUCACCUUCUUCAAACCCGACAGUGUGAAAGACCUGCCCACCAAAGGACAGGUGGAAUUCUUUGAGCCCUUCUGGGACAGUGGGGAGCCCCGGGUUGGCGAGAAGGGCGCCCGAGGCUGGAGAGCGUGGAUGCACCAGCAGGAGCGGGGCGGCUGGGUGGUCAUCAGUCCAGAUGAUGAUGAUGAUGAGCCAGAAGAUGAGGACCAGGAAAUAAGAGAGAAGAGUCUGCCCAGGUGGCAGAUCUGGCUUGCCACCGAGCGGUCCCGAGACCAGAGGCACUGGCGGCCGUGGCGCCCUGAUAAGACCAAGAAGCAAACCGAGGAAGACUGUGAGGAUCCAGAGAGACAGGUGCUGUUUGAUGACAUUGCCCAGUCUAUGAUCCGUCUUUCCAGCCAGGAUCUUCAGUUUCAGCUGGUUGCGGCCUUUCUGCAGUUCCUGGGCGUGCCUUCUGGCCUCAGCCCUCCAGCCUCCUGCCUCUACCUGGCCGUGGAUGAGAACAGCAUCUUCGAUGACGGGCUUUGUGACGAAAUGCCACUGACUUUUCUCAACCUUUCCUCUUCCGGUGUCAGCUGUGUUGGCUGCUCAGACCCACUGGGCCGCCGGCGCUGGACCCGGGGUCACAAUCGAGAGGGCGAGGAGUUCAUCCGCAACAUCUUUCACCUUGUGAUGCCUUUGUUUUCAGGCCGGGAGAGGUCUCAGCUCUGCUUCUCUUGGUUACGGUACGAGAUCGAGAAGGUCAUUUGGUGUCUGCACACUAAAAACAAGAAGAGGCUAAAGUCACAGGGAAAGAACUGCAAGAAACUAGCCAAAAAUCUCCUGAAGGAGCCAGAAAACCGCAACAGUUUCUGCCUCUGGAAGCAGUACGCACAUCUGGAGUGGCUGCUUGGCAACACCGAGGACGCCAGGAAGGUGUUCGAUACGGCGCUCAGCAUGGCGGGGGGCAGAGACCUGAGGGACCGUGAGCUGUGUGAGCUCGGCCUCCUCUACGCCGGGCUGGAGGCGGAGCUGUUGCCGGACCCGAGAGGGGCCGCCACGGCGCGAGCCGUUCACGUACUGACCAGGCUGACGGAGCAGGGGCCCUGCGGGCCCUACUCCGGGCAGGCGCUGGCCGUUCACAUCUUGAAAGCUCGGAAGGCGUACGAACACGCGCUGCAGGACUGUUUGGGCGACAGCUGUGUGUCCGCUCCGGCUCCCAGCGACUCCUUCGACCGCCUGACUAGCCUGGUGAAAUGCUUCAUGCUCUUUCAGUACUUGACCGUAGGGAUCGAUGCGGCCGUGCGGGUGUACGAGCAGGUGCUCGCAAAACUGAAGGGCUCUGUUCCCCCAGGGGGCUCCGGCCCGGAGGACGGUGCCCGCGCCCAGGGCCCCCACGGCGCGCUGGAGGCCGUGACGCUGAUGCACACGAGCCUGCUCAGGUUCCACACGAAAGUCAGCCUUUACCCCCUGGCUCCUCUGCGCCAGGCUCUCUCCGAGGCGUUAAGGUUGUACCCAGGCAACCAGGUGCUUUGGCGGGCGUACGUGCAGAUUCAGAGCAGGUCCCACGCAGCCAGUGAGACCAGAAGAUUUUUCGACGCGGUCACCAGGUCUACCAAACUCUUGGAGCCUUGGUUGUUUGCGAUCGAGGCCGAGAAAAUGAGGAAGAGACUGGUGGAGAGUGUUCAGAGGGUAGAUGGUAGAGAGGUCCACGCCACAAUUCCCGAGACCGGCUUGACACAUCGCAUCAGAGCCCUGUUUGAAAAUGCGUUGCGGAGCGACAACGGCAGCCAGUGCCCCUUACUGUGGAGGAUGUACCUGAAUUUUUUGGUUUCCUUAGGAAACAAAGAAAGGAGCAAAGGCGUGUUCUACAAAGCACUUCAGAAUUGUCCCUGGGCGAAGGUGCUGUACCUGGACGCUGUGGAGCACUUCCCCGAAGAGAUGCAGGAGGUCCUGGACCUGAUGACGGAGAAGGAGCUCCGGGUGCGCCUGCCCGUCGAGGAGCUGGCGCUUCUGCUGGAGGACUAGACCAGGAGGGAACGGGCCCUGCCUUCCGGGCCUCUCGCCUGCCCCCCCCCCCCAACCCCCCCACCGGAGCCGGGAUGCGCAGGACGGGGACGCAUGCGUGUGAGCAUGUGUCACGAGACCUCCGCUUUUCAAGUUUAAUUCUUAGUAAUUUGGGUCUGGGUUAUCAGUCUUUUACCUCUUGCACAUUGUUUGGAUGUGUAAAGGACACAGAACCAUAGUUUACAUGUUGUAUCUGUGAAUGUGUGUACGUAGGGGAGAAUCCUGCCAAGUGAAAACUAAACCCGUCGUGGCUGGCGUGCGGGAGGUCUGUUCCACUCCUCUGCCCGGCCGUGAACGUUCCCCACUGGCAUCCUUGGUGGUCCUGCCGUCGUGGUAGGAAAGGUCUGGUUUCUGAGCACUCGGACCUCUCCCCGCAGCUGGUGAGCAGGAGAGCAGCUUUUGCCCUUAAGAGCCGUUUAAAACUUGGUGUUCUGGCCUCGCUCCUGUUUUAAGUUUCUCAUUAUUUGCUAGGCUCUUGAUGCCACCUCCCUUCUGUGGACCAGGAGCAUCACCUGGGGGCUUGUUAGAGAUGCAGCCUCCGGGCCCACCUCAGCCCUUCUGAGUCAGGGCCUGCACUUGAACAGGACCCCCUGGGGACUUAGGUGCACCAAGUGUGGGGGCGCUGCCCAAAGGACCCCUGCCUGGGGGCUGUGACACAGAGGCCCAGACCCAGACCUGCCAGGCCACAUUCUUGUUGUGAUUUCUGAGGGUAUGAAUGGAAUGAAACGUAAAUAUCCACAUUCAGACCACUUUCUUCUGAAAAGGACACGCCCUUGCAGUCAUUAUUAAGGACACUGAGCUAGGAGGAAAUUGCUCUAUCUUCCCUGAGGUCCUGCUCUAAGAGAAACACGGACAGUUGCUGAGUUGCUGACUCUAUCGUGCUCUCUAGAAUGGCUGAAGUUGUAUUUCUUUGGCAUCUCAUCCAGAGAAGCCCGUGUCAUGGAAGAGAAUCUUGCCUAGAAACCAGCGGACACUGGUGGGGGAGAAGGGCGGCGGGUCAGGGCACCCGAGGAAGGUGGCUGGCCAGCCAAGUGGAUGCUUGCCUCGAUCUGCCCCGCUUCCUUCGCGGCUUCAAGACUGAACUGUUCAGAGAGGGGAGAAGUGCCGGAAAUGGAUGAAGAAAGGGAGCCACGUUCUGGGCCACAGCUCCCGUUACACCAGGAAACUUCGCGGCAACAGAGCACACGUCCAGUUCAUCUACCUACACUGAGGAGACAGCAUGCGUUCUGGCUAAAUGGAAAUCUCCCCAUUUACUGCAUUUAUUGUCUCGCAACACUUGCCAAAAGUAAAACAACCCACGCAACAUGAUGUGAUAAAACCACAAUCUCAGCACUAAGUUUCUAUCUGGUUAUGACCCUCAGGAUAUUUCAAAUGGUGCAGCAAAAAAGAAAGUGAACAAAAAGACAAAGCAAAGAGGUAAAACGGUAACACUUGGUGAACUGAGGUGAUGGGUAUGUGGGCAUUUACUAUUGUUGCAACUUUUCUGAAGACUUCAAAUUUCCCCAAAUACAAAGUUGGUGCAAAAUUUAAAAACUCUCUUUGAAUUGAAGUUACCGACAAAGACACUAACCUAGUUCUACAGAUGCCAACGAUACGCAGUUCAGUGCAGGCACCAGCGUGAAAAGGCCCCACACACGCCGUCCCUACCUGACUGUGGCACUUACCCCUACCUGACAGAAACCCAGGUCCUCACAUACAAAGCAGGCUGGACCCACACUCAGUGCUGCCGAGCCUCGCCCUAAUUCUGGUCGUCUGGGAAGAAACGUCCUCACACACACACAACUAAGAGGUACAGUCCAGCCCAGGUUCUCACCUUGAUGUCGGCCCCAGAGAGGUCAUCUUUAGCCAUGAUCAAGUCGUCCAGGGUCACAUCAUCGGCCAGCGUCAUCCUGCUCGUGUGGAUCUGAAAGAUGCGCCUCUUGGUCUUUUCAUCGGGCAGGGGGAACUCAAUUUUCCUGUCAAUGCGGCCUGCGGGUAUAAAAGGUUUCCAGUCACACCCCUGUGGCUCCCCCCAGGCUCUGCUGUGGCUCGGGGAGCCUGUCUCCUCACACCUGCAGUUUCAGAGGGAAACUUCCCUUGUGGGAAGGGUCCAAAUCUUGAAAAGUGAACACUGCUCUUUGUAAAUAUCCACGUGUGAAAUCAUCCCGUUUAAAAGAAAUCCUCUCUCCUCUGGUACCUUCAGAAACACACAAACUAGCCACUGCUGCUUUUGGUGCUACCCGAAUGCGAAAUUAACUGGAGCUACCAUAGGAGCUAUUUCUUCAGAAAAAAGAAUAUUCAUUACGGGAAAGAGAAACGGUCACAACUUAAGACUGCGAUGGAAAGGGCCACACUACACCUACUACAUCAUGUUCUUAGCCAUUACCUCAGUGGAACGCAGCUUUUGGGAAGUUAUUCUACACUUCAGUAAUGUAUUUGCCUUGAUGUGUAUCAUUUUUAAAUCCCCUGAAAGUGCACUUAAACACGAACACAUAGAAACACACUCAUCCUCCGUGAUGGGACAAAAGCAAAUCUGACCUGGUCUGAUAAGUGCUGGAUCCAAAGUUUCUAUUCGGUUUGUGGCCAUGAUAACUUUCACGUCACCCCUUGAAUCAAAUCCAUCCAACUGGUUCAACAGUUCCAACAUUGUUCGCUGGAUUUCUCUUUCACCACCAGAAUUUGAAUCGUAUCUUUGAAAAAGAAGAGAAGGGAUGAAAACCGAACUGAUCUCCUGCUGAAGGGGAAUUAUAAAAACACCUCUGAUGCCCUCAAUUCUAGCAACAAAAUCAGCACAGCCUCCCAACCACCACAUAAUCUUACUUAAACUGUAGAUGUUUUCGUGCCUGAGAUGGCAUCAUUAAUUCAGAUUGCACGUUCGGUAUCUGAGCCCCUGACCCAACUAUGAGCUCCUGGAAAGCCUUGUGACAAUGGCUGUGUCCCCAGAGUGCAGAUGAUGCCUGGCUCAGAGUGGAAACUCAAGGCAUGGCUGCACACUAAUCUCCAGACGGUCACGACUCCCAGGUGGUUGUCACCUGGCACCCCGGAGCAGAGCCUAAAGCAUCCACAGCCACAUACAGUAGGAGCCAAGGCAAACCCAUGUGCUGGCCACACAGGCAGUGCUCCGUGAUCAUUCUCAGACAAGAGCUACAAGGUCUUUACCUCUAAAUGACACAAAGAGAAAAAUGUACCUUUUUGUUCCAAUGGCAUCAAUUUCAUCAAUAAACACGAUGGAUGGUGCGUGUUCUUCUGCAACUCGAAAUAACUCCCGAACGAGUUUGGGCCCAUCACCUAGGUACUUCUGAAUAAGUUCAGAGCCAACCACUCUUAGGAAAGUGGCUGAGGUUUGGUUUGCUACUGCUUUGGCUAAUAAGGUUUUACCUAUUUUAGGUUAGAAAAAGAAAGACAAAGUGAAAAAACCCUCAAGUGCUGUCUUAACUUGAAAACCCUGUCACUACCACCUAAAACGGGCAUAAAAAACGGGCAGAUCCCUCCGAUGAAAAGGCAUGCCACCAUUCCAGUGUCUUGACAUUAUGUUCUCCAAGGCAGAUAAGAGGAAAUUCAGAACGUUCUGAUUAUUUUUAACCACCUUCCUAAAGUCAUCAUCAUAGUGUCAGAAAAUACACUUUACUGGGUUAUUCGAACUUGCAUAGAAAUUGCAAGUUAUUAACCCAACGCAUGCCACCAGGGUUUGAGAUCCAAACUCUACUCUGUGAAACAAUCAGUGAUGGAAAAACGGCCUGAGAACCCUAGGUCUGACCUAAGGAAACACUCUUUAGCACCAGGCCUGCAGCCCCCGGGGCCACCCGAGGAGUCGUGGCUGUGCUGGCUGGGCUUCCCCGAGGCUCAGCUGAGACGGGGCCAGCUCCCACUGAAACCCACAAAUGAUAGCUCUUCAGACUUUUCUCAGCCUCUGUUGUGUCCUUGUGAGGAACUUCCUCUCACCAAUCUCAGGGAAGAUCUCAAACAUUUCCAGUCCUGCCCCGUUCCUUGAGAUUUCUAUUUCAGGUCAAAACCAAGAGAUCUGGCAGCCAUUUUGUGAACUUUAGGGCUGGAAGACCUUGGCCCCUUUGACGGUGAGUGAGGACAGGGGCACAGGGCCAAGCAGGAGCAUCAGGACACGGUGGCAGUUAGAGCAGGGCUGGUAAAGGACCAACCUUAGGCCCGCAGGGGAAGGGGAGGAGGCUGCCGGGGAGUAACACAGAAGACUUAGUUCAAGUGGGAAGAAGGACGAGGCGCUAAGCUUUACUACAAGAUGUGGCCACGACAUCCUUGUGGUGAGACAGACAGAGGGCUGGGUGUGAAGGCUUAAAGUGCGGAGAUUCCCCAAGAGAACCGACUAAGGCUGCUGAACAGAAGACAAAAAGGACCUAAGUGGGUGGCAUCUUUCAGUCCAGAAGCGGCCAAGGCCAGCUGCUGUGGCACUGCAGUAGCCAGAGGGCUCACCGAACCGGCUUCUUCCUCCUCCUGGCAGGCCCACCACCCUGUACUUCACCCCAGCUCCUCAGAUCGGUCCCCAGCAGUGCACAUGCACCAAAGGAGGCCUCUCUUCCAGCCUCAGCCCUGUCGCCAGCUCACUCCCAGAGCGACCGCGGCCUUGGGCUAGUAGUCACUGGCCUCUCUGACACUUGAUUUCCUGGGCUGUGAGAGGACAGGCUGCAGAAGCUCCAUGCCUCCGGAGCUCGUCUCCACUUGUCUCCCAGUCCCUCCACUGUGGGCAGUCCCCAGUCCUCUCAGGAUCCUCCUGGGAACGUGGUUUCAAUUCACUCAAAUAACUGUGCUUCCUCUGGAAUUUACACAGCGAUGUACUGCUAAGUCCUGGACUGUACAACUUACUCAGGUCAACUAGUCGCACGGUGAACCAAAUAUAUGUAUUUUUAUCUUCAUCUAUGUGUUCAAUAUUAUAUUCAUUCAGUACCAAUGGACCAGAGAAUGAACCUAAUCUGAACAGCACAGAAUAGGUUUUAAAUCAGCGGUUCUCCACCAUGGUUCUGAUGUCUGGCUACACACUCCAGAUGCAGAUCGGGAUUUUCAGGGAUGGGACCAAAUAUUGGUAUUUUUUAAAGCUCCAGGGUGAUCCUAGUGUACAGCCAAGGUUGAGCAUCCUGGUUUAUUUCCUGUCUUAUAAAGUAUAUUUAAUAGACUCACACUAAUCUUGAAUUAUGAAUACUUGAAAGCCUUAUGUUUUACAGCAUAUAAAUGAGGUAUACAAGAGGAGUUCUAAGAAGCUGUAAAUGCAUUCACACUGAGCAGGCAUUUGGGGUGGGGGCUGCCUACUGGUGUUCGUUUUUUGUUGCAAUUCCUACUACUGUUUUUAACACGUUAAGUCUGUUAAGUCUACAAUUUCAAGUCUAAGAUAAUUCAGUUUCUAAGCAUCUACUAUACAGAUAAAUAUACUUUUGUGUAAUAGGUAUGUUUCCGUAUUUAUUCCAAAAACGUCCAAAAUGCCGCUUAGAAAACUUUGUUUUAAACUAAGGAAUUGUGGCAUCCUUACUCAAGAAUUAAUUAUAACAAGCUAAUACUGCAGCUCAGGAGAUCAGCUGAGUGCCCAGAGAGUGUCAAACACAGAGCAUACGUACCUGUGCCAGGUGGUCCAUAGAGAAUGACCCCUUUUGGGGGCUUUAUACCCAUCUCUUCAUAAUAUUCAGGAUGAGUGAGAGGAAGCUCCACGGAUUCCUAGAGAAAACAAACACUGGUAAAAAUAAAACGCUUUCCUACUAAAAUUAUCAGAUCCAUUAACCGGCGUCAAGAAUAUAGCUCACUUUCAUCAAAAAUAAGCUAAAACCUCACUUACUACUGUUAGAGACACUGUGGGUGACUUCAUCUAGCAGCAAGGACACAUUGAAGAGGACAUCUGUCCCGCCUGAGCUGCCGCCCCCUGCCUAUUGCUCCCAAUUUCCCUCUAACUUUCCAGAAGCAACAUUUAAGCCUUGAGCAACAUUUAAUAAGCUCUUCCUGAGCAAAAGAACUUCAAGUGAAAAUACACCCUUUCCAUUUAAACUACAGACAGGAGCUGGGAUGAUUUUCUGAUUGCUGUUACACCGACAGACACGCUGGCUAGAGAUCGAGCUGUCUGAGAGGUGCCGGGUGGAGACCGGGGACAGCUGUGCAUGACCUCCCUAUAGACGAGACGCCGUGCAGGUGGCUGGCCCACAGCCAACCUGAAUGACCACUGCACUUCCCCCGACUCACACUGUCCCCACAUCACUGGAGGUUUCCAGAUGGCCACAGCUGAAGUUAACACAGAUGGAAACAUUAUAUAUUCACACACACAAUAAACACUGCAUAUAAAAAGGAUUAAGCUGCAGCUGCUGAAGCAACAAUCACCCAAUUUAUUUCCAUUACCUAACUCGGUAUUAACAACUACAAAAGAGCACACUGGCAAGCUCUGUUACUGCUUGAUCAGUACAGAAAAAACAAAAUAUGCAAAAUAACUCUAAGCACCCUAAAUGAGGCAGCGGUAAGAAAUCUGAAGUCUAAAAACCCAGAGCCGGUGCCUAGACCUACCUUAAUUUCCUGGAUUUGGUUGUCCAACCCCCCAAUAUCAGCAUAGGUUUCCUGGGGGGCCUUUUCUACUUUCAUCACCGUGACCAAGGGAUCCGUGUCAUCCAUGAGCACCCCUAUGACGGCAUGUACCUACAGAGAACGUUAAGUUUUACUGCAGGGACGUGAGGUUUGCACAAUCCAUUUACAACAGUGCAAUGCCAAUCACCAGAACGGCACGAAUGGGCGGAUCCGAGAGGAAGGAGGAAGCAUCCCUAAUUAGGGGCUUCGAGACCGGCAACUUGCCUUGUGGUUGAGCAGGACCGAACAGCCUGGCUCCAGCAGGUCCUUGUCUACAAAGGAGAGAAUGCUGACGUAGUGUUCUGAGCCCACAGACGUGGACACGAUGGCGUGAUUGUCAUCAAUGAUCUCUUCCAACGUUCCUACCGACAUCGGGGUCCCCCUCAGAUCAUCCACCUUUGAUCUCUCCUCCUAUGUAAGAGUAUGCCAUGAAGGAAAAGCGGGUUAGACCUAAAAAGUAGACAAUGCUGACAGUUUUACUAGAGUUACUAGAUUUUACUACGUUUACAAAGCAGGUGGUGCUUUAAAAGCAGCUAAUUUAUGAUUCGUAAGAGCCUGCACAGGUCAACUGCUUGAAUUUCACUUAUUCACUGAAUUCUAUUUAAUAACUAAAACCGUCAAUUUGUAAAAUCAAAGUUACAGUAAUUUCUCCGUUUACCUCUUGCUUUUCUUCUAAAGGCUUCAUUUGUUCCUGAUUUCUAAUGAAUUCUUCCUCCAUGAGAAGAUAGUCUUUAAUUCUCUCUAACUUCAGUAAUUUUAAGCGGCACUGAGUGUGAGGUGUCACUGUAAUUAAAAAAGUUUUACUGUAUGUGGAGCUUGACGUUCGCAAUGAAUUAAGUCCACCCAUAAGAAAAAAAGGUUAAGACUUAAAUAAGCUAAUAAGCAGGUGCCUAAAUGCAAAGGGAAGAGAGACUUUGGCAGUUCUAAGCAAGCAGGUAAAAACGGGACGAGUUCCAUGACCAGACAGCUAAUACAAAAUGACAUACACUAAGUGAACUGUCUUUAUAUAUAAGAAAAAGAGAACUCAAGGACCCAAAAGAUAGUUUGCUUCGGUGUUUUAUUCCCCAUAGGUGCUAAUAAAAAUAGCUACAAGUGCUGUUCAGUCAGAAUACAUGCUGCAUGCUAGCUAGAACAAAAGCAUCCACUUGUAGGAGGACCGUGAGAUAUCAGUGGUAUUAACAUAGGCGGCAAACAUUUUUUCCACACUCUUCUGCGUUCUUCUGGCUUGAAGUCCCCUGCUGCACAGGAAUCUUAGCAUAUAUAGACAAAAAUGCCAAUCUUUUCUUUUGUGGUUCCUAGGUUUCUUCAAAAUGUCUCUCCUUCCCUGAGGUUAAAUAUAUUCCUGAAUUUUUGUUCAUUUACUUAUUUUCACGUCUGUACUACAUCUGGCAAAAAGGGAUCUAAUUUCAUUUUCCCUCAACAGCAAAUAAAAUAUGCCAGCCAUUUAUGUUAAAUACUUCAUCCUCUUCCCACAGAACUCAGACAUCACCUUACCAUACAGUAAUGACCCAUGUGACCUGACUUCCUAUGCUCUUCUGGCAAUCGGAGGACCUAGACUUUACCGAUACCAUAUUGACUCAUUAUUCAUUUUUUCAAAUUGUCAGAUUCCUUUCCUUCUUAACCAACCAACAUUUAUUGAAAUUAUUUCAUCUAAGCAGGAAGAGACUUGUUUAGAUGGGGAUGGGAGGGUUAUGUAAGACGAAGUGAUGAGAAGAAGGCAGCCAUGGGAAGGAGAGGGGGGAAGAACGUUUUUAAGCAAACGGCAAAAGCCCUAAUGUGGAUAAGAGUCAAAGAACACAAGGCAGGGCCGUGUGAACGACAGCAAGGGGAGUGACGGGCUGAGGACAGAGGUGGGCUGGGUCAGGUCACCUGAUCUGAAUCUCAGUCUAUGUUCAGUAUGAAGCCACUGAAACAGCUGGUGUUCAGGAAUCCCAAGAUGGACAUUCCAACACAGUGGCGUUCCAUUUCUUCGGGGAAUAAGCGUGUUUUCUAAGUUAUUCAAGCUCAAUCUGACUUUUCUAAUCUCAAACUACACUCUUCAUACCUCAGAGGAGCUGGCUGUUUAAGUGAGACAUGGUUGUAUGCCGUCUGCACGCCGCUAACACCAAAACACAGCUUUUACCGCAGCCCAGAGGAGGGCCACACCCGCGAGCAGAGCUGCAGCCACCCCGUUUCCUGACUCCACAUUCCGACCUCUACGCUACACACACAGACGGCUCUCAUGGAACCGACACAGCAGGGAGGAACCAUUACCCAGUGGCAGCUUGCUGGCGGCAUCUGGUCCCUUUGUUUUCUUCUUCUUUUUCCCUACUCUGGUUGGUACAGGAGGUUCGUACUUCUUUUUCUUGUCCUUGAAUUUUUAGAACAGCAGGAAAAAACAAAAACCACACAGAUCAUAUCAAAACACAAACUUCUGUAAGGCCAUCAUCUAUUUCUCGGGGCUGUAAUUUUCCUUAUCUUUCAGAAUGCUAUUAAAAACUCCUUUUACAAAUAAAGCUAGGUUUACACUUCUGCAAUUGGUGAAUGUAACUGAUCUUUUUAUUUUUUUAUUUUUAAAAGUUUAUUUAUUUUGAGUGAAUCCGUAUCAGAGGCAGAG